CACCCGAUAUCAUGUAUUAUUCACAACUUUAUUUAUCAAAAUAUUUAAGUGAUUUAUCGUGUUAUCUGGUAACAACAAAAAUGGCAAACUAUUAUCCAACACGGGUAAAAUUAUCGCUUUCACAUGACGUGUGAUAAAUAAUAUUUUAACUUAAUCCGUUUCUAUUUAGUCAAAGUGUACAAUAAGUUUUGUGUUCGAACCCUAUUUUUCUUACUGCUAGUUAUGACGAUAUUUAAAAGUGAAAAUGGAUAGUGUAAGUGAGAGUAAUGCUAAGACGGAGGAUACGAGUGGACAGAAGAAAGAACUGUCUUUAAAUCUGCAAAAGAUUUGUCUUGUGUGUGGUGAUAAAGCUUUAGGCUACAACUUUAACGCUAUAUCGUGCGAAAGCUGUAAGGCAUUUUUUCGCAGAAACGCAUUAACAAAUAAGGAGUUUAAGUGUCCAUUUUCUAAUAGCUGUGAGAUAACUGUGGUAACAAGGAGAUUCUGUCAAAAGUGUCGCUUAGAAAAAUGCUUAUCUGUAGGUAUGGUAAAGGAGUUCAUCAUGUCUGACGAGGAUAAAGCGGAGAAAAGACGAAAAAUAGAAGAAAACAGAGCGAAAAAACGUCAAUUACAUGAUUCUGAUGAUUCUGUCUCUAGUUCUAAGAACUUUAGACGAGAUGAAGAUUUGUCAAAUUCCUAUAAUCCAUCUGUACAAGAUUCUAGCGUGUUGCAGUACGACGUCCUCAAUAGUACUACAUGUAGUCCACACAGUACUGUGCAGUCACCACUGAAUAAUGACAUGGAGAACUCCAUUAACUCUCCACCCGGUUAUAAUCAAUAUGCACCAGUGCAAAGUGCAGAACAACCAUACACAAUGAAAGUAUAUCCGAUAGAUGAAAAAACUGUUAUCAGUCAAGCCAUAUACGAGCAAAGACUUAUGGAACAGUACAAUAUAUGUGACAGUGUGGAGAGUAUAUAUCAAUCGUCCAAACAGAACAGCAUAAGAUCACUUUUGACUAACGGAGAUGCAGCCGUGUACAGCAGAGAGACCAAGGACCAGCAUGUUUGCGAGGAGAUGCCUUCCACGAGCACCAACCCCGAUGUUAACAAAGCCAGAGAUAUUCUACAGGAUGUUGAAAGAAUAGAACCGAAUUCAAUGGAGUCAAUAUUAUGUGAAGCGAUCAAACUGGAGUUCGAGGCGUACACCUCGAUCAGUAGCUGCAGCGGCUCGUCCAGGGAAUUGAACGAGGUGGAGAGAGCAAAGUUGAAUGAGCUAAUCGUGGCCAACAAGGCGCUGAACGCGCCCAUAGACGACGACAUCUCGCAGCUCAUCGGCGACUCGGCCACCGCCGGCCUCAAGGACGACAACGGAAAACACGACCCGAGGCUAAUAACAAUAGUGAACCUUACGGCGAUCGCAAUAAGGAGGCUAAUCAAAAUGGCGAAGAAAAUCAACGCCUUCAAAAAUAUGUGCGAAGAGGAUCAGGUGGCUCUCCUGAAAGGAGGGUGCAUAGAAAUGAUGGUCCUCCGAAGUACAAUGACAUACGACGGCCAAAGAAAUCAAUGGAAGCUGCCGCACAGCCAGGAGCGGUUCGGCGUGAUACAGACGGACGUGCUGAAGCUGGCCAAGGGCGACGUGUGGCGCUCGCACGAGUCGUUCAUCCGCUCGUUCGACGCGCGCUGGCGCACGGACGAGCACGUGGUGCUGGUGCUGUGCGCCAUCCUGCUCUUCACGCCCGAGCGCGCCAACGUCGUGCACCGCGACGUCGUCAAGCUGGAGCAGAACUCAUAUUACUACCUCUUGCGGAGAUACCUUGAAAGCGUAUACCCCGGCUGUGAAGCGAAAUCUACCUUCCUGAAGCUCAUCCAGAAGAUUCUGGAACUGAGAAAGCUUGCUGAGGAAGUGACGGGGGUGUACCUCGACGUGCACCCCAUAGAGCCGUUGCUCAUGGAGAUAUUUGACUUGAAACAUCACGCCGCAUGACCCUUACGGUAACCUUAAGACAUUUUCGUACACUGAUCCACUUAUCCUUCAGUUUCUUGUACACUACGAACUAUAAACAUUCUACUACCGUGUGUAGUAAUAUCAUUAUUAGCCUAAGAUUAAAAAGUUCUCUAUUUAAGUUACUUUAAAGUAAUUAAAACAUGCUUACAAUUAUAUUUAUUGUAAUUAAAUAUAUUUAAUAUGGUUGUCUUGUAUGGUCUCAGUUAUGGAUAGGUGUCUAAUUGUAAGUUUUAUUUCAACUUAAGUUUAAGUAUUUACAGAAAUUUUAUCAAUUUUGAACAUUGGGAUUAGAUGUUUUGAUACAUUUUAAGGGGGUAAUGAAUUAAUGCCCUGGCAACACUGACUCACCAUUGCACAUUAAAAAAAAAUACAUUUCAAUUUAUUAAGAAAGUUAAUAUAAGGUCUUAUAAAGAAUUUACGACCCUCGAUAGUGUAGCAGUAAUGUUAAAGGCGGUUUAAAUCGUUCGAAAAAUAUAUAUAUAUAUAAAUGUACAUAAUCAUAUAUGUUCACAUAAUCAUCAAAAGGUUGUUAAUACUAUAUUGUUAUAUAACGUGUUUAUUGUCAAAUAUUUUAACAUAAACGGUGUAAGUCAGUACAAUUAGAGUCCACAGACAGCAGCGCAUCGGUGUUCUCGCCGCUUGUAUCGGUCGGCAGUGGUAUUGCCAUUUGAUAAAUAACAAAUGAUACAUUUUCAUUUCGCAAACAAUAGCAAUUCAAUUUUUUUUUUACGAAAUACUGGUUCAACAAAUAAUUCCUAUAAUAAUAUAUUUGUUAGUUCGUGCAUAAAGUUUAAAACACAAACGAUAUUUUAUGAAAUCAAAAUAUUCUUUAUUUAAUAAAGCCCAUAAAAACAACUUUGAAUCUUCAUUUAUAAUGUAAAGCUACAAACGUUUCGUUAUGUAGAUUCUACCGAGACGAAUCGCAAAAAACGCAGAUUUUAAAGAAUAAAAUAUAACGCGAUUAAAUUCUGAAACGUAUUUUGUAAAACUCUCAUCAGUCAUGAAUAUUAUCUCAAACAUUAUUUCAUAUAAAGGGUAACAAAACAUAACAAUUUGUUAUUUAAAAUACUCUUCAGAUAAAUAUCUACGUGAUGUCAUGUCAUAAACCUGUUCGAUUUGAAAAAAAGCGAAAUAUCACUCAUCACGAGAUCUAAAAUAUGCGCUCGAUUGACUUGAAAUUUGUCAGUUACCCCCCGACAUAGACACUCACUAAGAACGUAUUUUACGCAAAUCCUAUACAAAAUACAUCGUUCUUCUUAUCUACCCGUGCGAAGCCGGAACGAUAAGCUAGCUGUACAACAUCGCGCUACAACACGGGGGUCGCCUAUGGAUGCCAAAAAUUUUAGAUAAUUAAAAUUAAUGUUUAGUCUACAUUCGCUCGUAAACGAAUAAAUUGGCUAUAUAUUAGUCAACUUGGCACUACAUUUAUUAUCUUAAUUAUAAUAAAUAUUUAAUUAUAUUUAAAAAUAUAUUAUUCUUAUUUCACGUUUAAGUCUACUUACGUGAAAUUAGUUUUAUAUUUAAAUAUUUUUUAUGGUAAAUAAAUUUAUACCUUCGGCUAUGGCAUUAUAUUUCGUGUGAAAAAAAUACACGUUAAUGUUAUGUGAAAAAAGGAAGAUACCGAGAUUCUAUACUUGGUUAUCGUGAGUUAACUUGCAUAUGUCGGAUGAAAAUUUACCGCAUGCGCUUUAUUUUUUGUAUCUGUAUACAGACUAUAAUAUCUAAAGAAAAAGUAUAAUUAUAUUAUAUGUAUAUAUUAAAGUCGAGGAUUAAUUGAAUUUUGUGUAUAAUAUAAAAUACGAAUAGUUAUUGUCAGUCUCGCUCUCACGGCAGAUGAUUAUCACGCGAGAAAGAGAGCCUAUUUAAUUAUUUACGAGGUCACUACAUAUGUAUUUGCAUCGUCUAUAUUUUUGUUAAAAAGUAUCGAUGAAAUUAAAUCAAACAAACUAACGAAAUCGAGCUAAUUAAAUAUAAUACGACUACAACCACACUUGUGCUACAAAACGGGUUAACUACUCGAAGUCGAUUUGUCACAGGUGUGGUUAUAGCUUUAUAGAUACCACGUGCAUUGUGUGGUAGUUAGGAUCAGAGCUGGAUCCCGCAAGUUUGUUUGUCAAACAUCUAUUUAUUUUUGUAUUCCAUAUAAGAUCAGUUGGCCAUGGACCAAAUGCGUAGACCGAGUCCAAUGAUGAUAGCACGCGGACAAAAAUAUUUUGGUAAUAAAAACGCAGUUGGUCCACGUUCAACAAGAGGUCGACAUUUAAUUUAAUUAGACAGUAAUUUAUUUUUAUAUAAACAUGUUUAAGAUGUAAAUACCUAAGUUAUUGUUACAAAUUUAAUAAAAAUAUUUUUAUAACAUAUUCGUUAUCCGACAUUUAAAUUAGGUGCAAUAAUGUAUUUUUAAAUUGAAUAUAAAUAUAAUAGUUUGUUAUAAUGC